AUGCUGAAGUCGACCUACAAGCCCGCUCCCGCGGCGCCUGCCCCGCCACCCUUGCUUCCGGGGUGGACUGAGCACAAAGCCCCUACAGGGCACACCUACUACUACAACGCCGAGACUAAGAAGUCGACUUAUCAGCGUCCCGUUGCCCUGCCUGAGCCUGUCCAGCCACAGCCUCCCGUCCACCAGCACUAUGGCCAGAACGCCUUUCCCGGCGCUCCAUACCAAGCCGGUUUCCCUCCGCAGUACCAGCAGCAGUUCCCCGUCCCGCACCACGGCGGCCGAGGCGGCUUCCGCGGCGGCCAUGGCUACCAGGAUCGCCGUCGCCACCAGCCCGAGGACCGACCCAAGCACAAACAUGCCAUCCCGGGCUGUGCGCCGUGGGUGCUCGUCAAGACGAAGCUGGGACGGCGGUUCGUGCACAACCCGGAGACGAAGGAGAGUUUCUGGAAGUUCCCGCCGGAUGUGAUGAAAGGCGUUGUGGAGUUCGAUCGCAUCGAGCGGGACAAGAAGGAGCGGAAGGAGCGCGGCGAGCCGAGCGAUGUCGAGGACGAGCAGGCUGCGGCUGCUGAGCUGGCGGCUGCCGAUGAGCGUGAAGGAAGUGGUGCACGCCCCUCGGUCACCCCUGCGCCGGCGAGCAAGGACUACGAUAGCGAAGAAUACGAAGAAGUUGAGGUCACUGAUGACGAGGAAGCUGAUGAAGAGGAUGGGCCUUCGAAGCGACAGAAAACUGAGGAAGAGGGCGAGGAUGCGGUGGAGUUCGACGAGGACGACAUUGCAUGGCAACUUCAGGCCAUGGGUGAAGAUUACGGCCUGGAUCCGGGCGAGUAUGGCGAUAUCGACGAUGAUCUACCAGAGGGUGCAGAAGGCCUGCCCUUGACUGAGGAGGAUGCCAAGGCUCUGUUCAGGGACUUGCUGGACGAUCACAACUGCAAUCCUUUCUCUACCUGGGACAAGAUCAUUGAUGAAGGUCGCAUCAUCGAUGAUGACCGAUACACGGCUCUCACCACCAUGAAGGCCCGGAAGGAGACGUGGGAGGAAUGGUCGCGCGACAAAGCGCAGGCAUUGAAGGAGCAGCGCGAGAAGGCGGCAAAGGAGGACCCUGCGAUCCCCUACCUCGCUUUCCUCCACAAAUACGCAACACCGAAACUCUACUGGCCUGAAUUCCGCCGGAAAUACAAAAAAGAGGCUGAGAUGAAGAACACGAAGCUUCUCGAUAAAGACAGGGAAAAGUGGUACCGCGAGCACAUCAGCCGCCUCAAGCUUCCUGAGAGCACCCGCAAGUCCGACUUGUCCAACCUUCUCAAAUCUCUACCUGUCACCCAGCUCAAUCGCUCGACAUCGAUGGCUAGUUUGCCGUCGGUGCUGCUGCGCGAUCUGCGUUUUAUCUCGUUGCCAAUCUCAGUACGAGAUCCCAUGGUUGAAGCAUACAUUUCCACGCUGCCCCCGGCGCCGGAAGCCUCUAAUAAGUCCUCGGAGGAUCUGGAAGAGGCAGAGCGAAAGAAGCAGGAUCGCGAAAGGAGAGAGAAGGCGUUAGCGGACCGUGAGAGAAGGGUACAGGAAGAGAAGAGGAGACAACAGAGGGAUCAGGCUUAUGGAAAAGGAAGGCUCAGGGAGGAGGAAGAGGAACUAAGAAGGGCCAUGAAGAUCAGCAAGGACGGAUUGAGGGCACAGCUGGGUGGUGUAGAAGAGAAGGAUGGCGAGAAAGAGGGUGAAAAGGCCGAGUAG